AUGGAAGUCAACGGCCAUUGUGACCCCCAAUACUCCUCCCUCCGCGACCUCCUCCAAUCCCACCUCCAAACCGACGAACUCGGCGCCUCGCUCUGCGUCAGCAUCGACGGCAGGACAGUUAUUGAUAUAUGGGGCGGUUACGCGGAUACAGCACGCACUCAACCAUGGAAGGAAGAUACUAUUGCCCCCGUUUGGUCCAUCUCCAAAACUGUCACUAACCUAGCUGCCCUCGUCCUCAUCGACCGUGGUUUGCUCAACCCUUACGAAAAAGUCUCCAAAUACUGGCCCGAGUUUGCACAAAAUGGCAAGGAAGAUAUCGAAGUGAGGCACGUUCUCUCCCAUACUGCUGGUUUGCCCGCGUGGGAAACGCCCAUCACACUCGAGGAGUUGUAUGAUAUUCCUCUUGCUACGGAGAAGCUCGCGAAACAGGCACCUUGGUGGACGUCCAGAACUGUGUCGGGAUACCACCUCGUCACACAGGGGCAUUUGGUCGGCGAACUCGUCAGGAGGAUCAGUGGGAAGACUUUGGCUCAGUUCAUCCGAGAUGAAUUUACAACCCCGCUCAACGCAGAUUUCCUGCUCGGCGUACCUGAAAAGGAUUGGCCACGCAUCGCAGAAAUCAUCCCACCCGAGUCAAUGCCAACGUCAAUUAACAUCGAUGCGAAUAGUAUCCCAGCGCGGGCGGGAGGGAAACAAGGGACCCCUGUACCUGCGGUCGCUUCUAUGACGCCUGCGUUCCGUCAAGCGGAGAUGGGGGCAUCGAGUGGGUUCAGUAACGCAAGAGCAGUCAACAAAAUUCUCUCGAUGAUUAGUCUGGGCGGAGAGGUUAAUGGCAAAUGCUUUCUCUCCCCUGAAACUAUCGAGUUGAUCUUCAGGGAACAAACCAACGGAAAAGAUCUAGUGUUGGGAUCGCACCUUCGGUUUGGAAUUGGUUUCGGGCUGCCAGUGCCGCAGACAGUGCCUUUUAUCCCCGAUGACAAGGUUUGUUAUUGGGGAGGUUGGGGAGGCUCGAUUGUGAUCAUGGAUCUGAAUCGCAAGAUGACCAUUACAUAUGUGAUGAACAAAAUGGGAUCGGGGACGAUGGGCACGAGCCGGACAGGCGAUUUUGUGCGAAAGAUUUAUCAGAUCUACAAUGAGAAGGCGUGA